UAAUUUAUUACCAAAAUGGAACCAUAUUUAAGCCUCCAAGGAAAACUACGACAAGAGAAGGAACAUGUGCUUAGUUAGUGAAAUACAUAAGCUUUUAGGCCGUGUUUAUUUACACCAAAAUGCGAGGAAACUUCAAGAAAUGAGGGAGAAAAAUUAUUAUCUUCUUGAAAGAAUCUUAAAAUUGGAGAAACAAAAUUCUGAGAUAAAAUAACUUGAAAUCAAGGGAUUCUCAGCUUAAAAAUUAUAUAAGAGUUAAUGAUCAACCUCUGAGAGCAAAUAGUGUCAAUAGAACAAGAAAUUCUGAGAGACUUGAUUACACCAUGCCUCAAAAUACUCAUUUACCUCAGAUCCAGCCGAUCAAUAACCCAUACUUUGCAAAGAGUCAAAUGAAUAACCACUCUUUUGAGUCACCUCAACCUCAACCACAACUUGUUCCAAUAUUCUAUACAACUCCUGACAGAAGAAGGAAGGAGGCCAUCCACCAGUAGUAGUAGCUCAAGCAGUUCAGAUUCUAACAGAAUCACCAUAACUAGCAGCAUGCUAGAGAGCUCAGAGACUCCUAUAGAAGAAUUUAAGCCGGAAAACCUUCCUAAAAAGCCCAUAAGAGACAAGAGAGUUAGGUUCAACUUUGAACAAAAGGAUUCUGAAGCUCUUAAGCCAAAGGUCAAAAAGAGUUUACUAAAGAAGCAUCAUUCACAAUUUAAUUUCGAGUCUGACUGGCCAAAGUCCAAAUAAGCUGACGUUGGCAUGGAUUGCAAAGUCACUAUUUUCCCCAAUAGAGCUUAUCCUGCUUAAUAAGACUCAGUCUCUAAAUUUCAACAUGGAUAAAGCAGAUAACACCUUGACUAGAACAGGUCAGACCAGAAUAAUGUAUAAAAUAAAAACUUAUAUUGACAAGAUAUUAUUUGCAAUUGUUGAGAAUACUAGGAAGCACCUGAUGGGAACUGUUCUCCUAAAAUACUUCAAAGAAGUAACCACUGAAGGCCUUUAUGUAGCUAGCCAGAUUUUCACUGAUUUUGAACUAGCAAGAGUUAAAAUUAGCAAGAGCAGAGAACUAUGAGAAGUUAAAGAAUGGCAAAAGAAGAUGAUCCUCGCAAUGUUUAUUAUCGGGAAGAUCUUUGUUAUCAAUAUUAUCAUAAAUAAUGACACAAAGGGGACCUCAAAAAUGUUCUCGUCCAAACCAAACGAUAUCCAGAAGAAAAAUCUAAAAAUAAUUGGGAGUAUCAUUUAUUACAAAUUAUUGGAGUAUUUAAGAAAUAACACUAAGAUUAUUUCUGAUGAGAAGGCCUCGCCUGAAGAUGACGUGAUUUCAGAGUCCUUGAUCCCAUACAAACAUUUGAAACCCUUAGUCGAUGACAAACUUUGGUCGGAAUAUAUUAGCGGGAUCUUCCAUACAUGGCUCACUCAAUUAAUUGACCAGAUUUCUACCAAAUUUUAA